AUGGGUGAGAAACCAACUAAGAAACCAUCUUUUUUCAAGGUCCUGCUCGGUGACUUCUCUAGCCAUCUGCGUGUACCACAGAAGUUUACCAAAAAUCACAUUCGACCAUCACUUGGCAAAUGUGUUCUUAGUGGCCCUAGUGGAAAACGAAGUGUUGUGGAACUGGAAAGGAGAAAGAAUGGCUUGUUCUUCCAUAAUCAUGGUUGGCGUAGCUUUGUGAAGGAUCAUCUUUUACAGUUCGGGGACUUUCUGGUUUUCCAUUAUGAUGGUAAAUCAAAGUUUAAGGUUAAAAUAUAUGACAGAACCUGUUGUGAGAUAGAUGUUGAUGUAGUACCCAUGAGGAGAAAUGGCCCUCCUACUGCUCCCUCAGCGAAUUAUGGCUACCAAUUUGCAGGAGUAAAAGAUGAAAUUGUUCAUGACCUGGAAACCGAAAACUACAACAGUGACACUGAAAAUGCUGACAACAGGCGAAAUAAAGAAAGUUCAACUAGAACCAUCAUCUUCAAAUCGGAGUAUUCAUGUUUUAAAGCAACUUUGGGGACAAGGUCUUCACGAUAUAGGGUGGGUAUUCCAAAAAGUUUAGUUGAGACUGAAGGGCUUGAGAGUAAGAAGACUGUAGAAAUUGAAGACUCAACUGGAAGAUUGUGGCCUGCGAAGCUUGUGGGUAUUGCAUAUCGACACAAAUAUAUGGCCAUGUCAACAGGUUGGGGAGAAUGUUCUAAAGCCAACAAGAUUGUAGUUGGAGACACCGUUGUUUUUGAGAUUGUUCAGCCAACUGUGUGGCGACUACAUGUUUUCAAAAAUGGUCUGAGAACAAGAGGAGGUAAUAAUAGGCCAAUUUCUGUAGUACUUGACGCCCCCAACAUCAAGAAAUAA